AUGGGAGAAGAAGGUAUUUGGAAAGAUGUUACAAAUGUUACAAAGCAAGGGAUCAACCCCGGAAAGGCUACCAUAUUAGCUCUUGGCAAGGCUUUCCCUCCUCAGCUUGUCAUGCAAGAGUUUUUAGUUGAUGGAUAUUUCAGGAGCACAAACUGUGACAAUCCCGAGCUUAAGCAGAAGCUCACUAGACUUUGCAAAACAACUACAGUGAAAACAAGGUACGUGGUUAUGUCGGAGGAAAUACUGAUGAAGUAUCCAGAACUCGUUUCUGAAGGGAUCCCUACAGUGAAGCAGCGGCUAGAGAUAUGUAACGAGGCAGUGACAGAAAUGGCCAUUGAGGCUUCAGAAGCUUGCAUGAAGAACUGGGGUGGACCAUUAUCAGACAUAACACACUUGGUUUAUGUUUCAUCAAGUGAAGCAAGACUACCUGGUGGUGACCUUUACCUGGCGAAAGGAUUAGGACUGAGCCCUGAUACUCAACGAAUCAUGCUCUAUUUCGCUGGUUGUUCAGGAGGUGUGGCUGGCCUGCGUGUUGCAAAAGACAUAGCUGAGAACAACCCUGGAAGUAGGGUGCUGCUUGCUACCUCAGAAACUACAAUUAUAGGGUUCAAGCCACCAAGUGCAGAUAGACCCUAUGAUCUUGUGGGGGUGGCACUCUUUGGGGAUGGUGCUGCUGCCAUGAUAAUUGGCUCAGACCCAAUAUUGGAGUAUGAGAAGCCUCUCUUUGAGCUUCACACUGCAGUUCAGGAGUUUUUGCCACAUACUGAGAAGAAAAUUGAUGGGAGGCUGACAGAAGAGGGGAUAAGCUUCAAGCUAGCAAGGGAACUUCCUCAGAUAAUUGAAGACUCUGUUGAAGGAUUCUGUGACAGAUUAAUGAGUGUUGUUGGGUUCCAGAAUAAGGAGUACAACAAGCUAUUCUGGGCUGUCCAUCCAGGGGGACCAGCCAUCUUAAAUCGCAUUGAGAAAAGACUUAAUUUGUUUCCAGAGAAGCUAAGUGCAAGUAGAAGGGCUCUCAUGGACUAUGGCAAUGCUAGCAGUAAUACCAUUGUGUAUGUGCUGGAGUAUAUGAUAGAGGAGGGUCUCAAGACUAGAAAAGAUGGCAGAGGAGAUCAUGAAUGGGGUUUGAUUCUUGCAUUUGGACCUGGAAUUACAUUCGAGGGAAUUCUUGCCAGGAACUUGAGUGCUUUAAAUGUCACAUAAGUGCUACGUAAUGCUUACUGAUAUAAUUAUCACAGGUACUUGUGUGAGACAUGAGUCAAUCAAAGAAAAUCCAACACUUUAACGUAUUAAAGUGGAAGACUUUAAUAAUGAAUCACAUAUUUAUCAGAACACCUUUACUUUGUAUAACUCCAAGAGAUUGAAAAUAUUGGAAUGCCACACAAUAAGCAAAGGGUCAAUUUUCAGAAAAGGAAAGAAAUAAGAUAAUUUGCUGAGAAUUACUAGUGAAACUUCGGGUUGAAGCGGGAUUGGAAUUUCAAUCUUUAUGAUGCAUUCAACUAGAAAACUAAUACAGAAUAAAAUAACAAAUUUUCAAUUUUCACAGACGCCGUUAGAGAAAUAGAUUAGGUGUUUCUUCCGGAAAAAUGGCAAAUUUCUGCUAAUUUAGUUUAGUUUACACAGAUGGUUUCCCUUCUACAUAGAAAAGCGUGUGGUUAAAAUAUUGUAGGAAGAAUUUCAGUUGAAGAGCUGUUAUGGACUUUAGGACAUUCUUCUGUUUAUUAUCAUCGAAGUCAAACUUCUGUUUAAACCAUUUUAAUCACUCGUAUUGCCUUCAGCUGUCAUUA